AUGGUUUGGGCCUUUUGGUGUAGCAGCUGCCUUGUCCUCAAUGUUGCUUUUCUUGACUUAUUCCUUGAGCAUGUUCUGCAUAUUUUGAGUCCUGAUAAAGGGUUCAGCAUUCGCCCCCUUUUCAAGGACUGUCAAUUGAAGCUGCGAGUAAGGGCUAAAAAAUUCCACUCAUUACCCACACUCCUCCACCACCACAGCACCGACACAAAGUCACUCAUUACCCACACUCCUCCACCACCACAGCACCGACACAAAGUCACUCAUUACCCACACUCCUCCACCACCACAGCACCGACACAAAGUCGCUCAUUACCCACACUCCUCCACAGCACCGACACAAAGUCGCUCAUUACCCACACUCCUCCACAGCACCGACACAAAGUCACUCAUUACCCACACUCCUCCACAGCACCGACACAAAGUCACUCAUUACCCACACUCCUCCACAGCACCGACACAAAGUCACUCAUUACCCACACUCCUCCACAGCACCGACACAAAGUCACUCAUUACCCACACUCCUCCACAGCACCGACACAAAGUCACUCAUUACCCACACUCCUCCACCACCACAGCACCGACACAAAGUCACUCAUUACCCACACUCCUCCACCACCACAGCACCGACACAAAGUCACUCAUUACCCACACUCCACCACCACAGCACCGACACAAAGUCACUCAUUACCCACACUCCACCACCACAGCACCGACACAAAGUCACUCAUUACCCACACUCCUCCGCCACGACGACAACCCUCCAUCAUGCACGCGUUAACCACGUUUCACACAUUACUCUUCGAUAUUUAA